AUGUCUUGGCUAAUGUAUAUCGCAAUAGCAGCCUUCUCUUUGUUGGCACUAGCUUACUACAAGAUCAAGAAGACCUUUAGGCACUUCAAAGAUAGGAACAUUCCUUAUGUCGAACCAACGUUCCCCCUUGGAAGUGAGCCUCAGGGCGUUUUGUUUAGAAAACACAUUGUCGAUAGCUUUGGUGAAAUAUAUAAUCAAUUAGAAGGCAAACCUGUAGGAGGUUUUUUCCAGACUGUCCUACCAUUUCUGAUGAUUUGUGAUCCGGAAUACGUACACCAAGUACUCAUAUCCUCAUUUGACCACUUCUUCGACAGGAACUUCCUUGUUGACGAGAAAGUUAAUCCACUUGACGCUCACCUAUUCUUCUUGAGAGGUAACAAGUGGCGGUACCUCAGGAAUAAAUUAAGCCCCAUCUUUAGCGGUGUUAAACUCCGGUGGAUGUUCGAGGAGAUGGAGAAAUGUGGAGAAUCAUUCGUCGAAUGCUUCGAUAAACUGGCAGAUGGAAAGGACCGAGACGUUCUAGAUGAGCUGGCAAGAUAUGCUACAGAUGUUAUAGGAUCUUGUGCUUUUGGACUUGAAGGCGACAGUUUAAAAAACCCAAACUCACCGAUGAGACAAAUGGGUAAAGACCUCUUCGACACUUCAUCGAUUAAUCGGACCCAAAUAACUUUCCUUCUGAGAUUUUCUGUGCCUCGUCUACUCCUGUGGUUCAAAGUACGAUCUUUACCUUCCGCUAUCGAGGAGUACUUCUGUUCAACCAUUAGUAGUGUAUUAGAACGGAGGAGGAAAACAGGGUUAAAACGAAGAGAUUUCGUGCAGCUCCUACUUCAGUUAAAGGAAAAGGAUGUUGUGAACAUUGAUGCUAACGAUGUUGAUGAAAAAGAAGACAAAAGUCAGCAAAAUAACGAUAUUGAAAAAUUUGAAAUAACAGACCGACUGCUUAUGGCUCAGUCAUUUGUUUUCUUUGUGGCUGGCUUUGAAACAACAUCCAGGACCUUACAUUACCUCAUUUAUCAACUAGCUCAACAUCCGGAAAUCCAAGAAAGGGCUAGACAAGAAGUUUUAGCGGUUAAAGAAAAACAUGGCCAGUUUUCUUAUGAUGCCCUCAAAGAUUUGAAGUUCUUGGAUAACUGCAUUUCAGAAACCUUGAGGAUGUAUCCGCCACUUGGUGUCCUAAACAGAGAGUGCACCAAGGACUUCAAAUUCCAAGAUGGUACCUCCGUUAAGAAGGGAGAACAAAUAGUGAUCCCAAUCUAUUCACUUCAGCGAGAUCCAAAAUACUUUCCAGAACCUACGAAGUACAAUCCAGAUCGAUUUGCUUCAGAUCCUCAACGUGGGACUUACUUACCUUUUGGUGAUGGACCUAGAAUUUGCAUCGGAAAAAGAUUCGCUCUGGUCGAAAUUAAAAUUGUUAUGGCAAGAUUGUUGGAAAGGUACAGUUUUGAACCAAGCUCAUUAAAUAAGGAACCGAUUGAGCUAAAUCCAUGGAUAAAUGUUCUUUGCGCUAAGAAUGGAUUGUUUGUAAAAAUUCAGAAGCUAAAUAAUAGUAAAUAA